AUGGCUGCUGACGGGGCGCAUAUAAGACAUGCAUAUCUCGUACGGGACAUGCCCGGGACGUCUCGCAAACUACGGUCGGUGACCCCCAUAGGAGGUUUUCAGCCGGAUACUAUGAGCCCCAAACCAGAAUAUUGCCAUGGUGGCCACGGACACUUAUAUUGGUCCGAGAUGCCUGGCGCAGGUCGUGUUCAUCUUUCCAGCACACGUCACAUCAUGUCACAAGCAACGCAAGACGUUGGACAGGCAUUCUUGGUUGACCACAACCGUCGUUCUCAACGACAGAAUCCAGAGCUGUUCCCCGAUGGCAGCCAUGGCAGCACAACCUUCCCAACCGGUAUCUCGAGACAAUCUGAUGUGUCAAUCACCUCGACUCAAGUAUACGACUAUGGGUUGAGCUUGAUGCCCGGAACCGAAAGCCAGGAUACAUCGUUCGAAUCGCAGGAUGGAGACAGCAUUACUGCUCAAUCCGGGGAGUGGUCCAACAAUGACUAUCCCUCGCAAGACUCAGGCGGCAUGGACAAGGACCUGCAACAAUUGCUCUUGACGGAUCUCUCCAUCGAAUCCAUGGAAACGCUCAUUUCCAAAGCUAAAACACGGCCAAAGGGUAGGUGUCAUUGGUUACCUGCUAGCGAGCUCGACCGCAUUUGCAAACGACGCAUCGUUCUUCAUGAGCUUAUGAAGGUAUUCCCGAACAAUGAUGCAGAAAAAUACACCAAAUAUGUCUGUGGUGAUCCCAAAGAUUCCGAAACUGAAGCAAAAUCGAGUCGAAGAAUAUUUACUAUCCUGGCUAGUAUCUCGAAAAUCGCAGACCUCCCAGCUUUUGUUGAAGCCGGGUUGCGAGAUGAACAUCUUCCUUUUAUUUGGCUUGAGGAUUCUAGUACGGAGCUCUACAGCCCAUCGUCACCAUACAAGAAAAGGCCGCUACCUUGCUUCACCGAGAAUACCACGGCUUUGACGCAGAAGUUUUACACGGAGCAGUGGCAGGUCCUCGUGCCCUUCAUCACACAAGGCUCAAAUCACGAUGUCAAGGAGUACCACCUGCAUAGGGACACCAUCAUGCCUUGGAAGACUUAUGGCAAGGUGAUAGAAAGCGGGUUCUCCAAAGUGCGCCGCGUGGAGAUACACAACGCCCAUCAUACCUUUCACCAACACAAAGCUUUUGCGCUCAAAACCCUAUCUGAACACAAUCCCAUCCGAGCAGCCGAUGAGUUCAAGUCGGAACUCGACGUCUUCCUGAAGAUGAAACCACAGAAUCACCUCCUCGAGCUUUGCGCUGCUUUCAGGUUUGAGAAUGAGGAAUCUGGCGACAUCUACUCAUUCUUGUUUCCUUGGGCAGACGGCGGUUGUUUGAGAGAUUUGUGGUGCAAGGAACCCACCGACAUGUUGCAGAGCGUAACGCCGUCCCAGUUUCUCCUCUGGAUCGCUGAGCAAUGCCACGGACUUGUUAUGGCUUUGAAUAGUAUGCAUGACUUGCGACAAGAAGCUCUGAAAAAGGCCAAUCAGGUGGACGCCAAAAGGGAAGAAAACGACGAGUACUACGGUAUACACGGCGACAUCAAGCCGGAAAAUAUCCUCCACUUCAGCCAGCUCGACAGCCCUACUGGACUGGGUGUUCUGAAGCUUGCCGACUUUGGAUUGACGGACUUUCACACGCUACGCUCACGAACGAUGAAAGCACAUCAAGUGAACAUGCCGAUGCCGGCACCCACAUACAAGGCCCCGGAACUGGUCGUACCGGGGGAAUACUUCUCGCGGAAAACCGACAUCUGGGCUCUCGGAUGUGUCUUCUCUCAGUUCAUGACCUGGGCUAUUCGUGGCGUCGGAAGCGUUAAGAAGUUUGACGACGAGCGCAUAGAUGAGAGGGACGUCAAUGAGAAUAAGGGUGAGAGCAAGUUUGCUCAAGAUACUUUCUUCAAGGCGGAGCAUUUUCCAGGAGGAUGGCUUGAUAACCUCCACCAAACUGUCCGAGGUGAAGAAGGCAACAACUUCCUUGUAGACUUCUUAGACCUGAUACAAUGGGAUAUGCUCAAGAUCAGGAGACGCAUUCGAAUUGGAAGCGAAGACCUUGUGGGGAGACUUGCCGAGCUCGUGCCCAAGGAACUGGAUCAGCGGCAGAAUCCUUAUUGGAACCCCCAGCUUCCAUCAUUUUCUAGACAUCUCACAACGGACUCCGCGCUACCAAGAUGUCCGUCUGGGAUUUUAUCUAAUGGAAAGAGGCCGGCAGAUGACUCAAUUGGGGGAAGCCCGAAGCGAAAGCAGUUGCCGGAUCGCACCGUGUCGUUUGAUCUGACGGUGAGCCCACCAGACAAGUGA